AUGAACCAAUAAUAAUAAUAGGCUUGUUUAUCACCGUAAUCUUUCGAAUAUGAACUUCUUCCAUAGAUGACUCUACCAUAAUAAGAGUGGUGCUACGCUAUUUCUAUUAACUACGAUAAUUCUUUAAUGGUAUCAGCUUCACAAUUUGAUAUAAAAAUUUAUAAAAUUCUGAUUCCUCAAUAAUAAGAAGAUUAAAGCUAAGCCACAGGAACAUUUAAAGAAAUUUAAUUUUUGAAAGGCUACCAUACUAAUUAUGUAACUACUCUCAACUUCUUUAAAUCCUAAAGGAACUCUUUCAUUUCAGGUUCCACAGAUUCUACAAUCAUUAUAUGGAGCCCUUUGAAUAAUUAAUCUUCUACUUUGAAAUUAAAUAAUUGGACGGCUACAUGUAAAUUGAAUGAUCAUUCAAGUUGGAUAACAUGUAUAGUAGUAAAUCCAAUUUCAGAUGAUUUUUUUAUUAGUGGCUCUGAAGAUCAUACAUUAAAAUUUUGGCUUUGUUCUGAACCAAAUAUGGAAUCAUCUAAUUUGUCUUGGUCUAAUAUUUAGACUAUAUCUGAUCAUAAUAGUUGUGUCUAAGGAUUAUCAAUAAAUUAAGAGGGAAAUAAAUUAAUCUCAUGUGGUGAUGAUGAUAAAUAAAUAUUGAUAAUGGAAGGUUCAAAAAAAGAAAUUUGGCAGGUUAAAUAAAAGAUACAUUUAGAAGGUAGUCUAAUGAGAUUAAGCUUCAUUACCAACAAUAUCUUUGCAAUUUAACAAUAAUUGAAAGAGUAUCUCUAAUUUUACACAAAAAACUAAACCUCUGGAGAAUAUUUAAAAUCAAAAUUAUUGCCAAUAUAAACAGAAUCUUGUGCAAUUUAUUUUCCUUCCAUAUAUGUCCCUUCGAAAAAUUUACUCUUUCAUAAAAAUGGUUAUAAUGUGAAUUUAAUAAGUUUCAAUCUUUCUGCUUCUUUAACAGAAUGGGACUGUAGAUUGGAAUAAACGAUAGAUUUUGGUGAAAAUUCCACUUUUGGUACUAUUAGUGAUAAUGGAGAAUUACUUAUUACUUGGGAUUAUAAAUCCUCAUCUAUUCAAUUUAGAUAAUAUAAGGAUAAAUCAUAAGCAUGA